AACCAACGGUUACACAUAAAUAUGACACCAUAGCUUGGCUCUGCUGCGAGCGGCUCUUCGUGUUAUACUUAGGACGAGAGAAUACUGUGAUGGUGGACAUGAAUAAAAGGCGCUGCAAUGGCUGCACCACAUCGCCUAUUCGCACGUAAACCAAUGGUACGAGGCCGACUUCAAAAAUAACGAAUUGGGAGCAGGUCGGGUGGGGGAUAAAAAAAAAGUAUCGAUAAGGUGGGAGGCUGGCUUACUAUUAGAGUUCCCAUAAUCUACAUAAGUACUGUCCAUGAUACUGAACUCAGUUACACCUAGCCCACUAACGCACAUGCCGUGCCAGAAGUCUUACACACAGAAGUUUGUGUCCACCACACGGACCACUACGACCAUCACCACGACCCCGACCUCAACCUCGAUCACGACCACGACAAAGACCACACAAGCUCGAUCUGCAAAUUACGGGAAAAAUGGGAACCAGAAACUGAUUGGUGCAGGCACUACCGGCGGGUGCUGGUCUGAGUGUCCAAAGGGUGCUGUACCGUCUGGGGCCGUUAUAGGUGGCCAGAGAAAUGGCUUGACCCUUUAUAUUAUACGUGUUUCGUAUGCGGGCGGUUGUUAUCCCAGCGGGGCUUUUUCACAGAAUGAAACGGGUGUGGUGUUUGGCUAUGGUGGCAGAACAAUCACGGGCAAUAAUUUUCAAUGCCUCACAGGAAGUGGGACUUCUUUUCGCUGGAUUACUGUUAGUGGCCCAUGCACCUCCGAUAAAGUGGGAACCAACACCGCGGUGGUGCAGGGAGGGUGGGAAGCGGAUGGAACAGCACUCUUAAUCGCCCAAGUGUCUAUGACCAGUGGCCUUAAUUGUGGCAGAGUCAAGUGGAAUGACUAUGCUUAUAUCGCAACUACCAGUGGUGAACAGAAAUUCGAGACCUAUGCAGUUCUUGCAUUCGCUUGAAGGGUGUUGUAAAUUUUCAGCUCAUGCAGCAGCACUCACGAACUUCUUGAAAUGUUGUAUCACCAAUAGCUGUCUUACUUGUCAGUUUGAAAGUUACUUUUUUCGCUUGUACAUUUUCAUUUACCACGAGGUCUGGUAUACACAAAUUGGGGGAAGUUCAUAAGAACCAAUCAUCGCC